GUGGAGAGCAGCAUACAUGUAAAUCCAGUUGUCUAUUGUGCAUGAACUGCACGAAAAGCAAGAUCAUCACAUCAGAAGACUUUACAAACACGACAGUGUGAUUGAACUAGACACCAGUUAUGGCAGAUCAACCUUCCUCUCAAGGGAAUGAGGACGUAAGCACCUUGGUGAGAAAACAACUUGACGAAGUCACAAGAAACAGUAAAUCAAUUAAUGGAUCCCUGACAAGAUACAUUCUGAACACCAGAACUGUAGUUGAUAAAGAAAAAUUGAAGAGAGAAACAUUUGGAGAAAGAGACACAAGAAAACGUAAUAAAACCAUAUUAAUGGUUGGAGAAGCAGGAACAGGGAAGUCGACUCUCAUCAACGCCAUUAUCAACUACAUGCUGGGUGUCAAAUGUACUGACAGAAUCUGGUGUGAGAUCAUAGAGACGAAAGAAAAACAAACUGAUUCUCAGACAAAAGCAGUGACUGUGCAUGAUGUGUUUGUUGAGGAGAGUCCGUUCUCUCUCACUGUCAUUGACACACCUGGAUAUGGAAGCACAGAAGAGAAAUAUAAUGAUUUAAAAACUACUAAAACUCUUUAUCAGUUAUGCAGAGAUGAAGUUCAUGAAGUUAAUGUAGUGUGUCUUGUGGUGUCAUCGAAGAUCACUCGACUCACAGAUAAACAGCUAUACAUUUUUGAUGUAAUUCUUUCUUUAUUUGGUAAAGAUGUGGAGAGAAACAUUGUUCUGCUCAUCACACACGCCACACAAAAGCCUGUAAAUUGCCUUAACGCCAUCAAAGAAUCAAAAGUCAAAUAUGCAAAAACUGAUGAUGGAAAGCCUGUGUACUUCAGCUUUGACAACUCUCACUGUGAAGCCUUUAAUGAAGAAGAUGAAGACACAGGAUUUGAUGAAGAAUACCACAAAGCAGCCUGGCAUAAAAAUGAGGAAAACAUGAAGAACUUUUUUGCUUUUCUGUCUGACAGUAAACCUGUAAGCUUGAGUCUGACUGAAAAUGUGCUGCAAACCCGCAAACAACUGAAAGCAGCCAUCGACAACUUAAAGGAGCGAAUCAAACAGACAGAACUAAGAAAAAAGGAGCUUGAACAGACAAAAGCAGCUUUGGAGCAACACAAGAAAGAAAAGAAGGACAGUAAUAACUUUGAAUGUGAAGUUGAACAGUGCUACAAAGAAAAGGUUCCUAUACAGUCUGAUUGGUGGCAGUUGGGCAAAGAGGCGACUUGCUGCAGUGUGUGUGAGGAGAACUGUCAUUAUCCUGGAUGCUGGUGGGUCAAAGACGUCUACUGGUGCAGCGUCAUCUCAAGGGGAAAGUGUACUGUCUGUACUGGAAAGUGUGAUUACACUCAGCAUGUUAAAGAGGGGAAAAUGUAUGUGACGAAGACUCGGAAGGUGAAGAAGACUAAUGAAGAUCUGAAGAAGAAAUAUGAGGAAGAGUCUGGAGAGAAAAUGAGUUUGACAAGCAGACUGGAGAAUGAAAUAAAAGAAAAUGAAAGAGAGAAAAUCAGGCUGGUGGAAGAGUGUUAUCACUGCGUUGUCACUCUGAAGAUGAUUGCUUUAAAGGCUGAAUCUGAGUCCACCCUACAACAUCUGGACUUCCUGAUAGAGAAAGUGAAGGAAACAGGAAACACAGAAAGAGUGCAAAAGCUUGAACAAAUGAAGAAACAUACUACAACUUAAAGCCAAGGAAUGUAGGGAUAUGCAUGAUGAUUUUUGUUUAAAAAAAAAAAGACAGACAAGCAUGUGUGUGAAUGAAUUGUUGUGUGUGUGUGAGAAUGUAUGUCAUGUUAAUGAUUACU